AUGCCUUUCGCGCAAGUUGUGCUAGGACCUCCUGGCUCAGGCAAGACGACGUACUGCAAUGGCAUGCAGCAGUUCUUGCAAGCAAAUGGACGAGACGCGGCGGUCGUGAACAUGGAUCCGGCCAAUGAGCAGCUGCCGUAUGUCGCUGACGUGGACGUGUCCGACUUGGUGUGUCUCGAGAACGUCAUGGAGGAGAUGGACCUCGGUCCUAAUGGCGGACUCGUGUACUGCAUGGACUACAUCGACGUGAACUUUGACUGGCUGGACAAGAAACUUGCGACGCUUCAGGACAAGUACGUGCUGUUCGACUUUCCAGGACAAGUGGAGCUCUACACGAACGAAAACAGUGUGCACAGCAUUCUGCACAAGCUGCAAAAGAGCAGAUACCGACUGGCGGUGGUGCACCUCGUAGAUGCUCAUCACUGCACUGACAGCUCCAAGUUCGUGUCGGUGGUCAUGCUGAGCUUGUCGUCCAUGGUACGGCUGGAACUGCCGCAUAUUAACGUGCUCUCCAAGAUGGACCUCAUGCAGCAGUACGGCAAAACAGCGUUCAACUUGGACUUUUACACGGACGUGCUUGACUUGCGGUACCUGCUCGAUCGGUUGGAUGAGCCGGACGACGCCGACGAUGAGCAGCAAAUUUCGCUCGAGCCGCGGUAUUCGACGAUCCCCCACUCGCGACUUGCUGAGCGGUUUCGCCUCAUGAACGAGGCUUUGAUCGAUGUCAUCGAAGACUUUAGCCUUGUGAGCUUUCUGCCGGUGCAGAUCGAAGACCCCGCAACACUGCAGAAGCUCAUCGCGGCUAUUGACAAGGCCAAUGGUUUUGUGUUCACGGGCGUAGACUUCCAGACCGCCGUCGUUAAAGAUUACGCUUUCGGAGACCAGCGUGCACCUGAUGUUCAAGAGAAAUACGUUGAUCAGUAG